UUUAUUGAUAAGAUUAUGGCUAAAUACACAUCAUUUUGGCCAAACCCCAUGUCUAUUUCACUCAAACCCACAAAACCAUCACCAUGUCUAAAUUCAUUGCCCCGAUUCUUGUACUGGCAUUUUUCGCAGCAAUAACUCUCGGUCUGAAAUGUUACGACUGCGACCCCACUGUGCCUGGCCAAUGUAAAGCCCCCGAAAAAGACAAUGUCAAAGAGAUCCAUUGCGAAGAUCUGGAUACAUCCAGUGUCCAAAAAGCCGUUCCUCGGCAAUUUGAGAACGGUGAAGAGGGCGACUGGUCGUGUGUCAACUUUAAAUUUGAAAGUAAAAACGAAACCAUGAGUGGUAUAUUCAGAGGAUGCUACAAAAAAGAAAAUGAUUCGUUAAGUGUUUGCGAUAAACUCAAGGCCGACGAAAGUAAAGAUGACGGUGAUAGCGUACAAUCUUGUAAAGAGUGCAGGGAUGAUCUGUGUAAUGUUGGGUCACCAGAUGGGGCUGCCAGUUACACCCUCUCAAUGACGGCGUUUUUAGGAGCUAGUGUUUGCUUUUAUUUCUCAAAUUUUUAAUUUUUUAUAAAGCGAUUUAUUAAUAAACUUUUUGACAAUG